AUGGGGGAGGAUGACGGGCGGGGAAGACCCGUGUGGUCUGGAGGGAAAAUACACCGGGGGAGGUGCUCCCCGUUGGUCACCAGCGAGCCGCCGCCGGAGCGGAGCGGCGUGGCGCACCGAGGACUCGUUCCGGCGGCGCACGGCAGGGAGCGAGUCCUGCCGGGUCGGGGGGGUGGAGACUCCGAGGAAACGCCCCCGGGCGGAGGGGCGGAGUCUGCGCGGUCCGCCCAGGUUGGGUUGGGGCGCGAAGCCACCGCUGACGGCACGGACCACCGCACCCUGCGCCGGUCCCCCGAGCCCGCACACGGCGGGGCGAACCCGUGCGAAACGGACGCAGGCACCAAAGGCAAGAAAGACAAACACAGCCGUCAUCGUCCCAAACCACGUGCUGCUUUCCGAGCGACGCCGGCCGCUGCCCGGGGGAAAGCUGCCCGUCUGGGUAAACGGCAGGAGAAGCCCACCGCCCACGGAAGCACGGCCGGCGUCUCACCUGGGAAACCGCCCCCCGGGAAAACGUCGGCGGCGGCCCGCACGCUCUCUCUUCGUGAAGGAAGGCUGUUCGCCUGGCGGCUGAACGUGGCGUCCGGACAGCGGGGUGAUGCUGAUACAGCUGGUGCUUUCCCGCCGCCCACCACGCCAACACUCAGCGAGAAGGCGGCACCUGAGAGCCAGGGAGCGGGCCCUCAGCAGGAGCCUGCACUUGACCUGGGACUCCAGGACGGGACCCUGGAGCGCCUGGUGCUCACCCUGCGGGAAGUGAACUCCACACCAAAGCCGGGUUCGAAAGAGGGUCCUGCCCUAGGCCGCGCGGGGGAGCAGCGGAAGAGCGGGGAGCCCCGACCCAGGCCGCAGGCGACGGAGGGGGUGGGAGCCAGGCGUGACGGCGCACGGAGCACCCGCGGGGAGGAGAGCCCGGGCCGGUGCCUCCUGGGACUCAAGAGGGACGGAGGGCUGAGGGCUGCCCCGAGGACGGGGUCCGGGGUCCGCAGAGAGCAGCCGUUGCCCAUGGUGAGGGGCGUGCCCCCUGGCGGUGCGCCCCGUCGGGGUUGGUCCCUCGAUCUCAAGGGACCCCGGAAUUUCAGGAGGGGAAGAGCCGGGAGCCUGAAGGGGCUGCGCUGGCCCCGCCAGGACGGGGGCUGGGGUGAGGACCCGAGCUGCGCUGUGGGCGGGGCUGGGAGCCGGGGAGGGGCGGGAACAGGGCAGGCCGGGGGCGUGGCCGUGGGCGUGACCGGGUCUGGGGUCCAGCCGAGGGGCGGGGCGGAGGCGGGCGGGCCGGUGGCGCGCGGGGCUGGGCGCGCGCAGGGCUCUCGGUGCCUGGGUGGACCCCGGUGCGCAGGUCUCUGCUGCCUCUUGGCAGCGGGCGGGAAGCAGGACCUCCCGCACCUGCAGCGACCUCGUACUCGCGGGCUCCGGUGCGGUCACCUGCGGCUGCGCUCCCUGUUCGCCCGCGCCGGUCCAUGGCGCACGUGGAGGCGGCGGCUCCGAGGGCUCCCCCGGGCUGCGUGUGAGCUGGGCGCCGGAGGAGGGACCCGGCGCGGGGCCGCGGGCGCGAUGCCUGUCCUUGUGGAGGCGACGGCGGCCGGGCGCGCGGUGGCCCUGGCCCUGGUGCUGCUGCUCCCCGCCGUGCCCGCGGGCGCCGGCGCCCUGCUCCGCCUGCAGCCCAGCAUGCCCCACGUGUGCGCGGAGCAGGAGCUGACCCUGGUGGGCCGCCGCCAGCCCUGCGUGCAGGCCUUCAGCCGGACGGUGCCCGUGUGGAGGCCGGGCUGCGGACGGCAGCCGUGGUGCGUCAGCCAGGAGCGGAGAACCAGCUACUACACCAGCUACAGGCAGGUGUACGCCGCGGAGACCCGGACCGUGCUCAGGUGCUGCCCCGGGUGGAGCCAGCAGCCGGGCGCCCAGGGCUGCCUCGCCGCCGAGUGCCGCGCUGGCCUGUGUUUCAACGGUGGCAGCUGCGAGCCCGGCUCAGCCCGGCCGUGCCGCUGCCCCGCCGGCUUCCAGGGCCCCCGCUGCCAGCACGACGUGAACGAGUGUGCCGCUGGCAACGGGGGCUGCGAGGGCCACUGCUGCAACACCGUGGGGGGCUUCUAUUGCCGCUGCCCCCCGGGCCGCCAGCUGCACGGAGACGGCAAGACCUGCGGAGAUGUGGACGAGUGCCAGAUGCACAACGGCGGCUGCCACCACAGGUGCGUGAACACGCCCGGCUCCUACGUCUGCGAGUGCAGGCCCGGCUUCCGGCUCCACGCAGACGGCAGGACCUGCCUGGCCAUCCCGUCCUGCGCCGUGGGCAACGGGGGCUGCCAGCACAGCUGCGUGCAGCUCACGGUCACCCAGCACCGCUGCCAGUGCCGGCCCGAGUUCCAGCUCCAGGAGGACGGCAGGCGCUGCGUCCGCAGGAACCCGUGCGCGGACCGGAACGGCGGCUGCAUGCACACCUGCCAGGCGCUGCGGGGCCUCGCCCACUGCGCGUGCCGCGCCGGCUACCAGCUGGCAGCCGACCGCAAGGCCUGCGAAGACGUGGACGAGUGUGCGGCGGGGCUGGCCCAGUGUGCCCACGGCUGCCUCAACACUCAAGGGUCCUUCAAGUGCGUGUGCCACGCCGGGUACGAGCUGGGGGCCGACGGCCGGCAGUGCUACAGGAUCGAGAUGGAGAUCGUGAACAGCUGCGAGGUGGACAACGGCGGCUGCUCCCACGGCUGCAGCCACAGCAGCGAGGGGCCGCUGUGCACCUGCCCCCGCGGCUACGGGCUGGACGAGGACCAGAAGACGUGCAUCGACGUGGACGACUGUGCCGACGCGCCCUGCUGCCAGCAGGUCUGCACCAACAGCCCCGGCGGCUACGAGUGCAGCUGCUACGCCGGCUACCGGCUCCUCCCCGACGGCUGCGGGUGUGAGGACGUGGACGAGUGUGCGUCUGGCCGCGGGGGCUGCGACCACCGCUGCACCAACCUGGCCGGCUCCUUCCGCUGCUCCUGCGAGGCCGGCUUCCGGCUGGACGAGGACCGCCGGGGCUGCUCCCCCCUGGACAUGCCCGAGGUGGACCUGGACGGCCGGCUGCCCCUGGCGCGGCCGCUGCCGCACGUCUCGGUGCUGCAGGACACGCUGUCCCACCUCUUCCAAGACGACGACAUCGGGGCCGUGGAGGCGGAGGCCCGGGGGGAGCACACGCUGGAGGAGAAGUUCGUCUGCCUGGAGGACGCCUUCGGCCCCGACUGCAGCCUGACCUGCGAGGACUGCGGCAACGGAGGGACCUGCCUGCCCGGCCUGGACGGCUGCGACUGUCCCGAGGGCUGGACCGGGCUCGUCUGCAACGAGACUUGCCCCCCAGACACCUUCGGCAAGAACUGCAGCUCCGCCUGCAGCUGCCAGAACGGCGGGACCUGCGACCCUGUGACGGGGGCCUGCCGCUGCCCCCCGGGUGUCGGCGGAGCCCACUGCGAGGACGGCUGCCCCAGGGGUUUCUACGGCAAGCAUUGCCGCAAGAAGUGCCACUGCGCCAACCGGGGCCGCUGCCACCGCCUCUACGGGGCCUGCCUCUGUGACCCCGGGCUCUACGGCCGCUUCUGCCACCUGGCCUGCCCGCCGUGGGCCUUCGGGCCGGGCUGCUCGGAGGAGUGCCAGUGCGAGCAGCCACACACGCGGGCGUGCGACGGGAAGGACGGCCGCUGCUUCUGCAAGGCGGGCUUCCGGGGCCCGCGGUGCCAGCACGCCUGCGAGCCGGGCUCCUUCGGGCCGGGGUGCCAGCAGGCGUGUGCCUGUCCCCCGGGCUUGGCCUGCGACCCCGUCAGCGGCGCGUGUGGGAAGCCGUGUCCUGCCGGCUACCGCGGGGAGGACUGUGACCAAGAGUGCCCAGUGGGGACAUUUGGCGUGAACUGUUCGGGCUCCUGCUCCUGUGGGGGGGCCCUCUGCAACACGGUCACCGGGCAGUGCCUGUGCCCGCCGGGGCGGACGGGGGACGCCUGUGGGGAAGACUGCCCCGAGGGCCGCUGGGGGCUCGGCUGCCAGGAGAUCUGCCCGGCGUGCGAGCACGGAGCCACCUGUGAGCCUGAGACUGGAGCCUGCCGGUGCCGCCCCGGCUACACGGGCAGCCGCUGCCAGGACGCGUGCCCCGCGGGCUGGUUCGGGCCCGGCUGCCGCACCCGCUGCUCCUGUGCCAACGACGGGCCCUGCGACCCAGCAACCGGGCGUUGCAGCUGCGCCCCGGGGUGGACCGGCCUCAGCUGCCAGAGAGCCUGCGACAGCGGACGCUGGGGACCGGACUGCAGCCACACCUGCAACUGCAGCGCGGGCCACGGGGGCUGCGACGCCGUCAGCGGUGCCUGCCUGUGCGAGCCUGGCUACCUGGGCCCGCGGUGUGAGCAGCGGUGUCCCCAAGGCCGCUUUGGGCCGGGCUGUGAGCGGCGGUGCCAGUGCGAGCACGGGGGGGACUGUGACCACGUCGGCGGGGCCUGCACCUGCCCAGCUGGCUGGAGGGGGACCUUCUGUGAGCGAGCCUGCCCGGACGGCUUCUUCGGACUGGACUGCCACCAGGCCUGUGACUGCGCCGCCGGGGUGCCCUGCGACGCUGCGAGCGGCGCCUGCCUCUGCCCCGCGGGCCGCCGGGGCCCCCGCUGCGCCCAGACCUGCCCGGCCUUCACCUACGGGCACAACUGUAGCCAGGCCUGCUCCUGCUUCAACGGGGCCUCCUGUGACCCAGUGCAUGGGCGGUGCCACUGUGGCCCUGGCUGGACGGGUCCCAGCUGCCUGCAGGCCUGCCCCGCGGGUCUGCACGGCGAGAACUGCCAGCGUGCCUGCCUCUGCCAGAACGGGGGCACCUGCGACCCUGUCUCAGGCCACUGCGCCUGCCCGGACGGCUGGGCCGGCCCGGCCUGCGAGCAGGCCUGUGCCGAGGGCACCUUUGGGGCUGGCUGCGAGGAGCACUGCGCCUGCCGGCGGGGAGCCACCUGCCACCGGGUCACCGGGGCCUGCCUCUGCCCGCCGGGAUGGAGGGGCUCGCGGUGUGACACUGCCUGCCCGCGUGGCUGGUUCGGGGAGGCCUGUGCCCGCCGCUGCCGGUGCUCGCCGGACUCCGCCUGCCACCACGUCACCGGAGAGUGUCGCUGUCCCCCCGGCUUCACCGGGCCCGGCUGUGAGCAGGCCUGCCCGCCGGGCACCUUCGGGGAGAACUGUGGGCACGAGUGCCAGUGUCCCAGCAAGAACCAGGCCUGCGACCCUGCCUCGGGCAUCUGUGUGUGCGCGGCCGGCUACCAUGGCACUGACUGCCGGCAACGGUGCCCUCCCGGGCGCUUCGGGGCCGGUUGCGAGCAGCUGUGUGGGUGUCUCAACGGGGGAUCCUGUGACGCAGCCACGGGCGCCUGCCGCUGCCCCACCGGCUUCCUGGGUGCCGACUGUGGCCUCUCGUGUCCCCAGGGCCGCUUUGGCCCCGGCUGUGCCCACCUGUGCAGCUGUGGGCAGGGGGCGACCUGCGACCCCGUGACCGGCAACUGCACCUGCCCGCCGGGGAGGACCGGCGCCCGCUGCGAACAGGACUGUCCCCAGGACCGGUUUGGCGAGAGCUGUGAGCACGCAUGCGCCUGCAGAAACGGGGGCCUGUGCCACCCGGCCACCGGCAGCUGCUCCUGCGGCCUGGGCUGGACAGGGCCGCACUGCGAGCUGGCCUGCCCCGCCGGGCGCUACGGGGCCGCCUGCCGCCUGGAGUGCUCCUGCCGCCACAACGGCACCUGCGAGCCCAGCACGGGCGCCUGCCGCUGCCGCCCCGGCUUCUACGGCCAGGCCUGCGAGCACUCCUGUCCCCCUGGCUUCCACGGGGCCGGCUGCCAGGAGCCGUGCAAGUGCCACCGCGGAGCCCCCUGCCACCCGGCCAGUGGCCAGUGUCUCUGCCCCGCCGGCUUCCGCGGCCAGUUCUGCGAGAGCGGGUGUGAGCCGGGCUCGUUCGGAGAGGGCUGCCGUCAGCGGUGUGACUGCGAGGGGGGGGCGGGCUGCGACCCCGUCUCUGGACAAUGCUUGUGCCCCCCGGGGCGCAGGGGGGCCACCUGCAGCCUUGACUGCAGGCCCGGCUUCUUCGGCCCAGGCUGCGCGCUGCGCUGUGGCUGCGGGGGCGGGGCCGACUGCGACCCGGUCAGCGGCCAGUGUCACUGCGUGGAUGGCUACACGGGGCCCACGUGCCGGCAAGGUGGGCCACCCCAGCUCCCUGGGGUCCCGUUCCCAGCCCUGAGUCCAGCGGCCUCACACGCAGCCCCUCCCAGACCAGCGCCCACGCUGCUGCACAGCAGGCCAGAGGACCACUAGCUCAGAGGCAGCGAGGUGCCCCUCCUGAGUGCCGCACUGAGGGGCCCCGGGGGCUUCGGUGACCUCCGAGGAGGGACGCCACUGGCCAGGACCGAGGCCCACCCUUGCUUCCGAGGCCGGUGGACAGCCGUGCAGCCUCUCCAUCUGCAAGGACCUGCAGGGAUCGCCCGGCCUCCAGGAGGGAGGCUCCGCCUGGUGGAGCUGCUCCAGCCCGGAGCCCAGGCCAGUGGACAGGAGGCCUGUGCGGAGGGGGCCUGCCCCUCCCCACCGCCAGCUGGCUCGGACUGCUGGCCGCUGGGGGUGCAGGUGCAGCUGUGGGGCCCUCGUGCCCUGAGGAGGCUCUUUGGUGCUAGGCCUUGGGACUGGUGCAUCCCGCCUGUCACCUGGGAAUGCCACCGGCCGUAUUUAUGGGAAGGUAUUUAUGGGCAGCCGGACACGCCCGCUGCACCCCUGGGUGCAGGGAGGCCCGUCUCCUGCCUGCCUCAGGGAGCCCGGACUGGGGACUGCGGGGCCCCGAGGGGCCUCCCUCCGGGCGGUGGGCUGUGGUACGCUGUGAAACCCAGUGAGUAAGAAAGGAGCA